UGGAUGGUGGAUAGUCGUCAGUGUGAAAAGGCUAUUAACAGUUCCUGAAGCGUUGAUUUUUGUGGCCCAGUCUAUACGACACUAAAAAUUCGUGGAAGUCCUACAUAGCGUUAUUUGUCUGUUUUGCGUCCAAGGCGGUUCGUUGGUCGUCGAGGAUGUCCGCUCCGCGUGAGCUGCGACAACGCGACAAAUUUCGUCGGAGCAAGUCGCCACUUCGACGAGCUGAGGAGGACGCUAGAGACGGAAGCGGACGCAAUUCGAGAGUUCGCAGUGAGAAGCGGCUGCGAGUUCGCCUUCCUGCCAUUUCGAGCUCCGCACAUGGGCGGACUGUGGGAGGCAGGAGUGAAGUCGGCCAAAAACCUCCUGCUGAGGUCGGCCGGAAUCGGAAUCGGCCGGAAUCGGAGCUGGAGAGCGUGAUGGUGGCGUGGCAUCGUGGCGGUGCUCAACUCGUUACCUCUGGGACCAAUAAGCCCCGACCCAAGCGACGGAGACGCUCUGACUUCCGGGCAACUGCUGACAGGCGGGCCGCUCAUCGCACCCCCAGCACCCUGGACCCCGGACCAGGAGGGUCUACUCCCGGGAGUAUGUGCUGGGCUUGCAAAUAAGAUGCAAGUGGCACCAGGAGCAGCCCAACGUCGAGGAAGGCGACCUCGUCAUCGUCGCAGAGGACAACCUUCCGCUCCAACAGUGGCUCCUCGGAAGGGUCGUCGCAACACACGCCGGGCAGGACGGAAAGGUCAGGGUGGUCGACCUCAGGACGAGCAGCGGAGCGGUCUACAGGAGGCCAAUACAUAAGUUGGCGGU